GACGGACCCAAACGCCGUCACUCCCCUUAACCCCAGCUCCCCAAUCGAGCGAGGCAAAAGCCCUACCUCCGGCUGCGGCGGCGGCCGCUCCCCCCCGCCCCACCCCGCACGAGCGGCGCGGCCUCCUCCGCCCGUCCCCUCGAUCGUGGUCCAGCAAUGGCCCGCCUGCGCCGGCUGCCGAGGGCCGGGGAGAAGCGGAUGGACGCCGCGAUCAGCCACUUCCACACUAUGGGGUACCGCAGCGCCGAUGUCAAACGCGUCGUCAACAAGCUCCUCAAGGAUGUGUACGGGAAGGACGGCUGGCCGUUGCUGGAGGACAGUUGUUACCAUGUAGUGCAAGAAGCGCUCUUUGAGAUGGAGGAGCAGGAGAAGUUGCAGCAGCAGCAGCAGCAGCAGCAGAAGAAGAAGAAGAAGAAUGAGGAUGAGGAUGGUGAUGAUGAGGGGGAGGAAGCUCAUCUGGAGUCGCAGCAGGAGGAGAUGGAAGAGGAGGCUUCGCAGCAAGAAGCAGCAAUGAUGGAUGAACCGUUAGAAUUAGAAGAGUUCCUUCCCAUUGCCAUGAUUGUACCACCAUCUGAGGCUGUGCUGGCAGUUGAGCUGACAGAGGAAGUGCAACCCCUGCUCAUCGAUCCACCUGCUCCCAGAGCUGCGUUGCCAGAUCCGGCAGCCACAGGAACUAGGCACCCAAGGAGCCCCUGCUACGGAUAUAUCUCUGACUCUGAGUGACUCGGUGCAGGUCCCGGCCAACUAGACGGGAUAGAAGGGGCUGAUGCAAGGCGAAAGCAGGAGAACCGGCCUAAUCUGCAGAAUUUAGACACUUUGAAUGGCAGGUGCUGCUCCCAUGGAGCAUGUAAGAGCAGCAUAUAUGGAUGCUUCUGACUGUAACUAGGUAGUAAUGUGCUAGCGUGGCUUGGCCGUCGACGUUUGUUCAUGUAAAUUGUGGCCUGCAUGGAUUCGCCUGGCUGAAUAUGUCUGAAUCAAUGUGGUUUAAUGGUUUAUCUAUGCUUGAAAAAGCUGUUAUAUAUAUAUGCUUCUGCUGGUGUUCUCUAAAA